UGCAAAUGAGAGGCGCGGCCACGCAAAUGAGCCGAGCGGCAUGGCGGCCGCCAUGGAGGAGGAGCCCUCGGAGUCCCCGGAGCCGGCGGCGCGGGAGCCGCGAGUGCGGGACACCCCCGAGGACAUCUGUCUAGAGGCCACGGCCAACGCCAUCGCGCUGCACCCGGCGCGGCCGCUGCUGGCCGCGGGGGACGUGGACGGCGACGUGUAUCUGUACUCGUACUCCUGCACCGAGGGGGAGAACCGGCAGCUCUGGUCCUCGGGACAUCACCUCAAGUCGUGUCGGGACGUGGCGUUCUCCCAGGACGGGCAGAAGCUUUUCACUGUGUCCAAGGAUAAGUCCAUCCACAUUCUGACAGUGGAGGAGGGACGGCUGGAAACGCGCUUCCCCAAGGCCCACGAGUCGGCCCUCAACUGCGUGCUGCCCAUCGACAACCACAUCUUCGCCACGGGGGAUGAUGGCGGGGCAGUGAAGGUGUGGGACCUGCGCAGGGGCAGUGCCAUCCUGGAGGCACGGCAGCAGGAGGAAUACAUCAGUGCCAUGACCGUGGAUGGCAACGGGAAGAUCCUACUGACAGCCAGUGGUGAUGGCACCCUGGGAGUCUUCAACGUGAAGAGACGGCGCUUUGAGCUGCUCUCGGAGCCGCAGAACGGGGACCUGACGUCUGUGGUGCUGAUGAAGAGGGGGAGGAAGGUGGCGUGUGGCUCCAGUGAAGGCACCAUCUACCUCUUCAACUGGGACGGCUUCGGGGCCGCCAGCGACCGCUUUGCACUCAGGGCAGAGACCAUCGACUGCAUGGUGCCCAUCACGGACAGCAUCGUGUGUGUGGGGUCCCUGGACGGAGUUAUCAGGGCGGUGAACGUGCUGCCGAACCGCGUGCUGGGCUGCGUGGGGCAGCACCUGGGCGAGCCCAUCGAGCAGCUGGCCGUGGCCGCGGACGGGAAGCUCCUGGCCAGCAGCGGCCACGACCAGAAAGUGAAGUUCUGGGACGUGUCGGCGCUUGGCUCCAUGGUGGUCGACGAUUACCGCCGGAAGAAGAAGAAGGGCGGGCCGCUGCGCGCCCUCAGCAGCAAGGCGCUGGGCAGUGGGGAGGAUUUCUUCGCCGAUCUGCGGGACGAAGCCGAGCCGGAGACGGCGGCGGCGGGCGGUGACAGCGGAGACAGCGACAGCGACAGUGACUGAGCGGGGCCGGGGCCGCCGCCCCGCCCUGCGCGUCCGUCUCGCGGGGCGCGGCCAAUCAGAGCCGAAGCCCCGGGGAGUGCCCGCCUGCGGGGCGUGGCCUCGCCGUACUGUUACCGGUGCCGGGCAGAGCGCUGGCGUUCUGAUUGGCUGCUAGGGCUGCCAGUCACACUGGGCUGUAGGCUCUGUCUCAAAGGGGCAGCGCGUGUCGGAGCGGUUGUGAGGGGCCGGGGGUGGCUCCCGGAUGGCGGGACAGGCUGGCGAUGGUGAGGAUGAGCGUCCUGCCCGAGGGGGUGUCCCUGACACCGGAGGGGCCUGGACGGGGGCACAUGGCUGGGGCGAGAGGGACUGGGAAGGGUCCCUGAGAUGGGGGGACAUGGCUGAGGGCCCCUGUUGGACUGAACAUCCCUGGUGAAUGAGAAGACUGCGAUGGGGGAAUAUGGCCAGGUGUUGUGUUCAUCCCUUUCCUGCCCUGUUGUCCCAGCAGGUCAAUUACCCUUUGUUAAUUAAUUAAGACUUCAGCUCUGUUAGAAAUAAAUCCAGUGCCUUUCAC